AGCUCUCAUCCACUGACAACCAUCCAAGAUAAAGACACGGCACAAAUUCUAUCACUUCUUUAAUUUUAUUCGGCUUCUACUUCUAGUUUGUUCAUCGCACGCUUGUCGAAUUUCCAUUUUUUAUACUUCUAUUGGAUCGAAAAACUUUACAAGUUGACUUUUUACUCGAACUACUACAGCACAACACACUGCACACUAGCCACCGCAUAUCCGGCCGCAGGAAGUUGCAUCAACAAUUUGAAUAUCUAGGCUGGUGGGAUGGCAUUAAAGCACGUACCAUAUUGUUCUGCUUGACGGUCGAGUUGGGCCUUUUUUGUUUUCCCACUGGGCGUACUAGUUGUGCGAGAGGAUCCGCAUCCGGAGCUCCACGCAUCUUCAGUAAGGCAAAUGUUGAUAAAACUCUCCGUAGCUAGUAGCACAGAAAGUGCGUGGGUGGUGCUGUGUAUUUUUUUUUUUGAAAGGAGUCCAAGUGAGCAGUCUUGCCGCACGAAAUAUUAAACAGCUGAAUCACGAUUCAAAAAUUAUCCUGGUUGCAGCAUUUCAGUACUUUUCAUCGUCUAUGUGAAGGUAUAUUUUUUGCAGAAUCACUUCAGGGUUAAAUGAAAAUGAGAUUGCAAACAUACACUACAUAAUGACCGCAAGAGCACGGGGAAUCCGAAUUUUUGACCGCGUCGCGUCCCCUGCCACUAAACCUAUUGCGUCGCCGAUUUUUGCCGUCAGGAGGAGAGAGACACAAGAACCUCUCCGUCUAGACAGCACUGAUUGCUCGUCAUCGUAGCCGCGUACGGUUUUUAACAAGAAGUCGAGCCGGAGGACAUCGCAGACGGGGUAAAUAGUACUACUCGGCGUACCAGGUGAGCCAGUACUUCUUACUAUUGGCCGCAUCUUCUUCACAGCUUCUCGGUAGACCGUUUCGUCCUCUGCAAGAUGGCGCACCAAACGGUGAAGAUGGUCCGCACGUUCGUCGAAAUCGUGUCGGACGACGACGAAGACGACGACGUAGUGGUUCUGAACAAGACAAAGUCCGUUCCCGCCCGGGUGGUGACAGCGCAUCAUGGCAGCCCCGAGUUCGGAACCUCCAAUAACGCGGCGAAAAAGGAGCGGGACCGGCGAGAACGGGAGUAUAAGCAGCAACAGAUUAACAUCGCCAACGCGCAGUUACAGCAGCAAAUCGCGAGCAGAAUUGCAGGUGGGACAGCGAAUAAUGAACACAGCGUAUCAGGAGGUGGUAGAGGAAGUAGGAGUAAGAAACCUUCUUCCAGCCGGGGCCCGGACACCAAUACGACCCGCGGGUCCAAUGGGGAAAUAAACCAAACUAGAACGAAAACUGCAGGAAUAACCAGUGCGCCAGCCGUAGCAGACCAGCACAACUAUUUGAACAUGAUCAGCCCCGGAGGACCCUCGCACGUCACGAGCCAGUUUGUGUACCCACAAACGGCGCCGCAGUACCACGUAGCCGGCACCGUGCCCUAUUCGCAGCAAAAAGAACAGGGAGCAUAUACUGCCACAGGAACUGCGCAGGGCGGCGGAGCCACGGGCAGUAGAGAUAACAGUCGGUCGGGCAACAACAAAAGCGGAUCUCGGCGCUAUCCGAGGACAUCGUAUUUAUUUUGAAACGAUUCUUCAUUUUUAUGCACCACGACCUUGAAGAUUCUUACACUUAGAAGCCAUGGGAACAUGCGAAUAAGUAGAGUCGCCUACUUUUAUAUUCGAUUCGAUCGAUUCGUAUGGUCCCCGUGUGAGUAGAUUAAGAGCAGGUGCAGUUCGUCUAGAACUCUAGUAAAAAAAGAUGUUCGGUCAGUGACAAAAAAACCUCACAAACCAAAACCUUCUUCACAGCGAGUACUCCUACACAAACCCGAACCGGGGUUCUUACCUGUCGACGCAGACUGGCUCCCGCUCCCCAAAUUUUCACCCCGGAAUCUACGCCGGGCAGCAUCUACUCCCAGGGGAGUUUUCACCAGGUCUGCUGCCUGGAAUGCAGCCAGUUCCACCUCCUGGUGCAGCGACCACCGCAAACGGCGCAGGUGGAGCUGGUGCCACGGGCCCUGGUGGUACCACAACCGCGGCACAAAAUCAACAUGCCGCGUAUACAGCUGCCAUAAACCCGUUUUUUCACCCGGCGCACAUGAUGGCCAUGUACGGCAAUCCGGCCCAGUAUAUGCACAUGAUGUAUCAUGGGGGAGCUGCUACAACUUCCCCAGAUGCAGCAGCUGGUGCUCCUUCACCAGGUACAGCCGCAUACAACCCCUACGCUGCGGCAGUAGUACCACCACCCGGGCAGCAGCUUCCCCCGCCGGGAACCGCGCCGGGAUUCCGACCGGGGGGCCAGGGAGCAGGGGUAUAGAAUUUUGCUUCUAAAUUUGCAUGUUAAAUUAAUAUUAACAUUUUGGUAGCGCUGGUGCAAGAACGUCAACAUCGUACUGUGUAGAUAUGAACUUGGCGGACAGAUAGGAUUUUCUUUUUGUGCGUGCAGAUAUUUUUAUUAAAAAACUUUCGCUGCCUUUCUAUCCCAUGCGGAGAUGUUGCUUGAUGCUGCCAAGAAAUGAUCCGAGUUGUCACGACGCAAUUUAUUUUCUGUGAAUCGAAAACAGGAUCAACACGCUACGGCCCACCUGGACCCGAGUGCAGCUGCACAUCAUGCGCACCAGUUUGCGCUGGAUCCCUACAUGAUGGCCCAGAUUCAAGCGGCGCAGCAGCAAAUGCACCACUUCGCUGCUGCGGACCAACAUGUAGUCCAGGACCCCUUCGAACAAUUAGACCCUGCGGCCACGACCGGAGAGGAGGACGACGAUACCACUAUCGACGCAAGCGGCCUGACCGCGGCGCAGCGUAGAGCGCUGGAAAAACAGCACUUCGGGGGAACAAGGACUACACAUCAAGUUCAACAUUUUCCGUCUCCCCUCUAUCCAAACAAGCCGGCGCAGCAGGUACCACAACAGGUUGACAAGCGGCCAACUUCCUCGUCCUCCAGCUCCGCAGCUUCGGGCACGAAGACGACCCGGGCGCCCAGUGGCAAAUCCUCCCCGACGACGCAGCAAGACGGUGCCGCAGCCUACCGCAACCAGCACCACGAGCCGCCAAGGCAGCAGUACACGCCAAGCGUCCAGAAAGGCGCCGGGAAAAAUGCGAAAGGCGGGAAAGACAGUAUAAUACUUUCCUAUUUUGAGAUGGUACUUUUUUUACAGAAGUAGAAAACAAUUUUGACAGUUUUUCGUGUUUGCGAUACAGCUCAUCAUCAAAUUUAUGCAAGAUCCCAUUCGCGUCCUCGGUUUGCUCCGGCGUCAUGACAACAUUACAACUUCUACCUGCAACAACAAAUCCAUUCCAGGCACCGCCAUCUGGCCCAUCACGGGUCCCUGCGACCGCCACGUGCGGCGCGCCGAAAUGAAAACCCCGCCGGGGUACCGGUGGACCCGAGAGCAGUUGAUCUGGCACGGCGAGUCGCUCCGGAUGGGUCGGCUGGACGGCGACUCGACGAUUUUCAUCAAGGGCAAAGCGUACAACGACCUGCUAUCAACCUUGUCCGAAGACCGAAUACGCCACCAGGGCAGACACCGCUACUGCAUACGGUUCCGAGGUAAAAAUAUAUAAAGAGGGUUUAUUUGCUGGUUUUUUCCACAUGCGCGGCUGGUCGACCACGACAGGAAUACUUAUUUCUACUUUUAGUACACUGGAGAAUUAUUGUUCUCCUGCGUGCUGGCCAGCAGCACAGCACAUUGGAAACUGUACUAUGAAAAUAGCAUCCCAAGAACUAUCAAACAGAAAAAACCGACGGCGACAAUGAGGAAGGGUUUAGUAUGGCGGACGGCAUCGGGUUCGUCUUCUCCAAUAAACUUCCCUGCGCGAAGAACAUCCAGCGCAUCCAGUCCAUUUUCGUGUCCCGGAAGGGGAUUGUGUGCGUCCGGCGCAAGGCCGAUGUGACCCGGUGCAAAGAGUUCGUCGUGCGACCCUUUGAACACGGUGAUUUCAUCUGGUGCGAGAUCGAUUUAACGAUGGGAACCGCGGCCUUUUGGGUCGAGGGACCGGAGACGGAAGGGUACACGAACGGGCCGCCGCAAGAGAAGGUAUUUCCGUAUUGUUGUGAAGGUGAAGGUGCAGGAGUUGUGGAUUCAUGUGAACAUCGAUGUGUGUAGUUCAGCCGAAGCCAAUACAUAGAUUUUUUGCAUGAGAAAUGGAGGUAAUCGCGAUGAAAAUAAGAAUAACUACUUCCACAACCACUACAGGUCUUCUACUACGGCGACUGCUUUCCGCAAUUUGCAAGAGGCAAGCUCGACAUGGGCUUCAUCACGGCAGUUAUAAAGUUCGAAGGCGUUGCGGCCGAUGCGGUCUGCUACCAGAACCUCGUGCCAGAGGCGCAAUGAUUUUAUUUCGCAAAAAAACACGACCAACGCAAGACCCGCGUGCUGUGCCCGUUUACUACUCCCAAAACCAAAUUGAAGAAACACUCCGAAGUAUUUCAAUUUUCAGCAAAAAAAAAGUCACAACAGAGGCUCUAUAACAACAAGAACCCCCAUAAAUAUUAUUAGCAAGCAAAAGUCACUCGACGCUUUUUCUCGAUAUAGUCACAAAAAUUUUAGCAAAAGGAGCGCACGCGCGCGCGCCAGAAUCUCAUUCUAUAGUCACAGUUUUUACAGUAGUUCCCAGCAGUUGCUCGUUCGUUGCGCUGCAGCAGCUUAGACGAAACACAUCCAGAAUCUCAUCUAUAGUCACAGUAUAGUCACGUCGCAUCAAGAUUUUUUGUAAGUUCGUGAAGAGUAAAGAAUGGUGAUGGUCUUGAAAAAUUAUCCUGCAUCUUCACUGAAACCAAGAAAGUCUUCUGUUGCGUAAACACUCGAAAGACUCCAAGACACAUGAUACGCAACUCAGACAUACUAAACGCAUUGGUUUUUCUUGUGUUGUGUAGGUUAUCAUUCACGGCUUGCUUCUUGAUGCUGACAACAUAUCACGACGACCCAUGCGGAAAUUAUUCCUGUAUGUAGCCAAUAAAUCGCAAGGCUCUGCUACCGCGCGGCAGGUUGCGUGGGCUCCGAGACAGGAUCACGCCGGGGUCAGUAUGAUAUUCAUUUUUUUUCUCCAUAUUUGUACAAAAAAAAAACGACAAAGACACUCACAGAUGAUACUUACACUUGCCUCUGGAAGAUUAUGACCACUGUACACUAGGCGUACACCAUAACUGCCACUUCUUGUUACAUUAAUAGAAACAGACUUAAGGACCCGCAGAAAAAAUUAACAAGAGACAGAAUCACAAGGCAUAUUACCACCACCCUAGAACGGAGUGGAGUUCUUUUUGUAGCAGAUUCGGCAAGACGAGUUAUAAAUUUGCUCUAGCUGUACUCUAUCUCUAGGGUGGAAAGAACAGUUUCGCCUUUCGGACGGUCGCGGCCGGCAAGUGUACGAUGUAUCUUCAUUUUUUCUGUCCUUUUUUCCUUGACCUCGUAGUCAAUAUUGUAGCGCCGUCGAGACACCGCUCACAACGGGAAAUGUCAAUGUGCUGCUACUUCUACAAUAUUUCUCCGGCGAAACAAGACCCCAGUGCAGCUUUGCUAAGUACUUCUCACAACAUUUAUAAGAUUCUUGUAGUAAAACCUAAACCAAGUACUUCUUCUAUGAACUUCUUGAGUAAAUAAAAAUCGAACAUGUAAAAAAUCUACCUGCACUACGUAGAGCUUCCUCAUAGUACUGUCUCGGUCUUCUUAGGCUGAAGUAAAAUGAAAACAACCUUGAAACAGCGCUGGUUUUGUCGCCGCGAAAGUAGAUAACCGCUGCGGCAAAACUAACACUAAAAAAAUCAUCAAGACCACUACUACAGAGAGACACCUCGACCGACAGUAAGCAAGAACGUGGUCCGCCCCACCACGAUAUCAGACCGCACAACGGAAACAUAGCGAUUGGAAGAUUUGAUCAGUACAACAAUUGCGCUGCAGUAGUAGCUGGCUGCUUGUAGUGAUUUAUUAUUUUGCAACAUGCGUUUAUUUCCAGCUUCACCGGUAGCUCUCGCUCAUUUUCGGAUGCGCGCGCCCUGCAAGUUCGGAAGAUGUUGUUCGGAAUCUACUGGUGUUAGCAAGCAGACGCCGCAACCUUGUAGUUGCAAAUUCAAGUAUAGAUUUGAGAGUCGGAACCACUCCAUCAACUCCGUAGAGGUACUAGCGACAGGCGAAUAUUACAUCUUCUACAUCUUCUACUAGCAGGGAGGCUGUAUUAGCACAGCGACCGAUACGUCGGCUUUCCAACGCGACUUCGACUUUUAUCGUUUUUCCCCGCAUGAUUUUUUUUCUACCGACGCGCAUUGCUGCAUAUGCAUCCACGAGUUGUAACCAACAUUGUUUGGUGCUUCUGAACGCAGUAGAGGGACUGGGACUAUUCUCAUUUUUACAAAUGUACGACUACCGAGAAGGGAGAACGAAGUUCCAAUUUUUUCGGCAAAAAUGAACGACAGCAUCUCAUCGCAU